AUGAAUAAUGCGCCACAGGAUCCUGAACCCGGGAAGGGAUGAAUGGACUAUGUUAAAGACUUUUGGGCAAAAAUACCGUUUUACAAUAGGUUCUUACUAGCAUUUCUUCCCAUAGUAUAUUUACUCUGUUGGGUAUAUCCUCUUGAUGAGAAAGCCCAGAAUAGUUAUAUUCAAACUGUAGAUCACAUGGAAGUGUGGAGAAUUUUCACUGCACCAUAUGUACACCCAAUGCUGCUAUUGUUGUUCUUCGUACUCUUAGCUUACAUCCCAAGUGGGUCUAUAAGAGAGAAAGCUAUCGGUACAGUAAAGAUCAUUGUAGAAUUCACCAUAAUGAACAUGAUUAUCCAGCUCUUGUUCCUUGGGGUGACUUAUCUUCUCAAAUAUGUGACUGAUUACUGGAGUUAUUUUGUAUCAAUCGGAAUAUGGCCAAUAAUCAUCGCUGAAAUAGUAAUCGAUUGAAACAGAGUUCCAGGUAACUUCUUCCUCCAAACUUUUAGAUCAAGAUAGAAACUUUUGCUGAUGUCCUUUUGCUAUCAAGGCUAAAUAUCACCCCUGGAUUUACGUGAUAAUCUUCAGUAUUAUCAACCCGCUAGGAGCUCCAGCAAUAAUUUCAGGAUUUAUUGUUGGCUAUUUAUACGUUUACGAUAUUCUUUCUUGCUUUGAAAUCGGAGAUGAUACUGCUAAAUAUCUUGAAGACAGCUUUUUAUUUGCCUCCUCUUGUAGAGACUUUGACAGUUUUGUCAAACUCCAAGAUGCUUCUAGAGCCUAUAAUGGAGGAGAAGGAAUACUUGGCAUGGGAGCUCCAAGCUUUAGUCCUCAACAGAAUGAGCAAGCCAGACCAGGAAACUCAGCACCUGUGUCGAACAAUGCUGGAGGAAAUUCAAAAUUCAAAGCAUUCUCUGGUCAAGGUGUUAAGAUUGGAGGUGAAGGAGCAGAAGGAGCGGCUUAGAAAUAAAUCAAGUUUCAAUAUCUUUG